CAUGUCAUGUUCUUCGCGCUGUGGUCAGUGCCUCGCAAACAAGGCGUGUUUCAAAAUCACCGGAAGAUGUCCUGACGGAUGCGCAGCAGGCUGGGAAGGAACGCUGUGCAAAACGCCUUGCACACCGGGCUUUCAUGGCGAGAACUGCCAGCUCACAUGUGGAAACUGCGCCGCUCUUGCACCCUGCAAUGCUGUAACCGGAAACUGCAUGAUGUGUGAGCCUGGCUGGCAAAUGCCAACGUGCAAGAUAGAAUGCGCAGACGGAACGUAUGGUGUCGGAUGUGAAUCUCAGUGUGGUAACUGCGCCCCCGGAACGGUGUGCAACAAGGUCACGGGGCAGUGUCCUUCCGGUUGCGCCCCGGGAUGGAGUGGCUUGAUGUGUACUACACGCUGUUCUGUCGGUUUCUACGGUGCCAACUGCAUCAACACGUGUGGCUCUUGCUUUGCGGGCGCCCCCUGUGACGUUACGAACGGCACGUGCUCAGGAGGUUGUCAGCCCGGCCUCCGACCCCCUAUGUGCACACAGGCCUGUGCACCCGGUACAUACGGAAAGGACUGUCUCACUACGUGCGGCCAAUGCAUUGGUGGAGUCGCUUGUAACGUCACAUCCGGCAACUGUCCCGGAAGUUGUGCGGCUGGUUGGCAGGGAACAAAAUGCGAUACAGAGUGUUUCAAUGGAUUCUAUGGCCUCGACUGCCUUCAACAAUGCGGCAACUGUUUCCAGGGAGCCACGUGCAACAAAGUGACAGGCGCAUGUCCGGCCGGAUGUAAUGCCGGAUUUCAAGGGGCGAACUGCGAUCAGGGUUGCCAGGCUGGUUUCCAUGGCGUGAACUGUCUGCAGACGUGCGGUAGCUGCCAGGAUGGGGCUGCUUGCAACGCCGUAACAGGGGCGUGUCUGGCCUGCGAGCCAGGGUUUCAGAUGCCUAGCUGCGUUAAUGCGUGCCCAGACGGUUUCUAUGGUGCCGGAUGUAUGUCUGCCUGCGGUAACUGUCUCAACGGGGUGGCGUGUAACAAGGUCGAUGGUUCUUGUCCAACCGGAUGUGCAGCCGGGUUCCAAGGCUCGCUGUGUACAUUACCUUGCCCCAACGGUUUCUAUGGCAAUCAGUGUGCUCAGGCAUGUGGCCAGUGUAUGGGCGGAGCAGUUUGUGACAAGGUCACAGGCAACUGCGCAGCGGGAUGCGCGCCGGGAUAUCAAAGUCCCCUUUGCCAACAAAGUUGUGCUGGAGGUUUCUUUGGGGCUGGAUGUGCCAACACGUGCGGUAACUGCGCCAACUCAGCCGCCUGUAACAGUGUUUCCGGUGCUUGUAACGCAUGCGCACCAGGAUGGAUACUUCCGGAUUGCAAAACAGCAUGCCCGGACGGUUUCUAUGGUGUCGGGUGUCUAUCUGUCUGUGGUAACUGUAUCAACGGAGAGCCGUGUAACAAGGUCACUGGAUCCUGUCAGAAUGGAUGUGCAGCCGGGUACCAGGGAACGCUGUGUACGCAAGCGUGUAACACGUAUUUUUGGGGAGUCGGAUGUGCUCAGACAUGCGGCGCAUGCGCAGCUGGAGCUCCCUGUAACGUCAUUUCCGGUGCAUGCCCGGCAGGAUGUGCGCCUGGAUGGGAAGGACUCAACUGCGACUCAGGUAGCUACCGUGCACGCACGGAUUAG